UAAGACCUUAUUCCAUAACUCCAAAUUUCAAGCUCAAGAAUUUUCCAAGUUUCUAGUAAUUUUCAAGAUUUAAAAGGAAAAAAAUGGCAACUGCUGUCAUGUCUUCUCUUCCUCAAUUCACUGGUUUGAAGGCCAGUUCACCAUCACUAUCCCCAGUUCAAAGCAUGGUAGCAAUGCAACCGAUGAAGCCCAAGGGAAAAGGCAAGGGAGCUUUGGGUGUUCGAUGUGAUUUCAUCGGUUCAUCCACAAAUUUGAUAAUGGUGACAUCAACAACCUUGAUGUUGUUUGCUGGUCGAUUUGGAUUGGCUCCAUCAGCAAACAGGAAGGCCACUGCAGGGCUAAAGCUCGAGGUUAGGGAUUCGGGACUUCAAACCGGCGACCCUGCUGGCUUCACACUUGCUGAUACCUUGGCUUGUGGGACUGUUGGCCACAUUAUUGGCGUUGGUGUUGUUUUGGGCCUUAAGAACAUUGGUGCCAUAUAGACUAUAGUUAUUUGGGAACAAACUGUCAUGUUAAUAACAUUGUUGUGACUGUUUUCUUUUUGAAUCUAAUGUCUAUUCCUUAUGGAGUUAACAUUA